AAAGUUGCACAAGUUUUGUUACAGCGCGUCACUUGGUGCGUAGGGGGCCACCUUGCGUUUUUAGCGCAGUUUUGUCUAAGCCCCAUUUGUAAGGUCCAAAGGUCCGAGCCCUUAGUCAUUUUUAGGAGCGUAGAAGCUCAAAUUACACAACUUUGAUUUCACUCCGUGUGUGGUAACCGGCAAGGCCCAGGACGCUGUGCACCACAGAGACGUUUAAACUUAACCAGCUUGUGGAGAGACGCGUGUAAAAUGUCAGCCGCACGGAUUCAGCUGCUAUCGCCCAGAAGCGUUCGGUUUUUCAGCCCGGGGCGGAGCGCGUUGUUAGCCGGUAGCAAUGGAGCCCAUCGGUCCGGUGGUGCUCCCAGGAUCCGCACACUGACAUCUCCCCCUCUGUUCUCUUCCUCUCCCGGCAGAGCUUUAUCGAGUCUGAGCACGACGCGUUGUGGACUUCCCAAAGAGAAAAUGUCUGAGAAUGGGAUGAUGUCCCGGGCCAAGGUGUUGACCAUCGACACCAUGAACCCCACCGUAAAGAAGGUGGAAUACGCCGUCCGGGGGCCCAUCGUGCAGCGAGCAGUGGAGCUGGAGAGGGAGCUCAGUGAGGGAAUGAAGAAGCCCUUUGCAGAAGUCAUAAAGGCCAACAUUGGUGACGCACAUGCUAUGGGUCAGCAACCAAUCACUUUCUUCCGACAGGUCUUGGCUCUUUGCUCCUAUCCCGAACUGCUGAAUGACAGCACAUUCCCUGAGGAUGCUAAAAGUAGAGCCUGCCGCAUUCUGAAUUCCUGUGGAGGGAACAGUAUGGGUGCCUACAGUGCCAGUCAAGGCAUAGACUCCGUGCGUCAAGAUGUUGCCAGCUACAUCGAGCGACGGGACGGUGGUGUGCCCUGCGAUCCAGACAACAUUUACCUCACCACGGGGGCCAGUGACGGCAUUGUGACCAUGCUGAAGUUGCUGGUGUGUGGUGAAGGUGCGAUGCGUACUGGUGUCAUGAUUUCCAUACCUCAGUAUCCCCUGUAUUCGGCUGCACUGGCAGAGCUGGGUGCCGUGCAGAUCAAUUAUUACCUUAAUGAAGAAAAGUGCUGGAGUCUGGACAUCGGUGAGCUGCAGCGUGCUGUGGAUGAGGCCAGACUCUACUGCAACCCCCGAGCCCUGUGCAUCAUCAACCCUGGAAACCCUACUGGUCAGGUUCAAAGCAGACAGUGCAUUGAAGAAGUAAUCCGAUUUGCUGCAAAGGAGCGCCUCUUCCUUAUGGCCGAUGAGGUUUACCAGGAUAAUGUGUAUGCUGAGGGUUGCCAGUUUCACUCUUUUAAGAAGGUUCUGUUUGAGAUGGGGUCAGAGUACUCAGAAACGGUUGAGCUAGCAUCUUUCCAUUCCACCUCCAAGUGUUACAUGGGAGAGUGUGGCUUCCGUGGAGGUUACAUGGAAAUCAUAAACAUGGACGACGAGGUGAAGGCUCAGCUGACGAAGCUGUUGUCGGUCCGUCUGUGUCCUCCUGUUCCAGGACAGGCUCUAAUGGACCUGGUGGUUAACCCCCCCCAGACUGGGGAACCUUCAUAUCAACGCUUUAUCAAAGAACGCACAGCCACUCUAAGUACCUUGGCAGAGAAGGCCAAACUUACAGAACAGGUUCUCAAUACUGUGCAAGGCAUCAGCUGCAAUCCUGUGCAGGGUGCUAUGUACUCCUUUCCCCGCAUAACCAUCCCUGAAAAGGCUGUCAAAGAAGCCACGGAAAAUGGGCAGCAGCCAGAUAUGUUUUACUGCAUGAAGAUGCUGGAGGAGACUGGAAUUUGCCUCGUACCUGGAAGCGGUUUUGGCCAAAAGGAUGGGACCUACCACUUCAGAAUGACCAUCUUGCCACCGACAGAUAAACUGAAGAUCCUGCUGAACAAAGUGAAGGAGUUUCACCAAAAGUUCACUCAGCAGUAUUCUUAAAUUUCCACCUAUGUCCCGUUCACUCACAAAAGAGGGAUGUUGCCAAUCACAAUGAGAAGUAUAAGCCAAUUUAGAAUUUAUUUGUCACUAAUAAGUGCCUUCUCUACGAUGGCUCUGGUGGUCUCUGUGAUGACGCACUUCAGCCUCUAUAACUGUCACAUUAGGACAUUUUUUCGCAAGGCAUCGUUUUUGUGUCAGACCACGAAACCAAAUUGGAAAUGAAAUAAGUCAACCCUGCGUCAGUUUUGGUUUACAAAAUAUGUCUUCAUUUGUUGUCCGUGAUUUUCAGUUUUUGAAAGAUGUAUAUACUUUGGGCCUGUGAAUUUGUGAGAUAGCUUAAAUGUGUUGAUGUCGAGCUAGCAAAAAGGCGGUACAAGUGAAGAAAAAGGUAGCGCUGCUUAAAAACUGAAUAUAUGUAUAACUGGUUGAUAUACUUCAUUCCUGCAGACUGUACUUGACAUUCAGAAUAUAGAAAAAGUCCUGCUUGCAUGGUAACUCAGUAGGAAGUAAAUUUGUAGAGGCAUAAUAAAAGUAAUGGGUUAUAUUUGUCUUAUGUUUUGGGUAGUGGGGUUUUUUGGAUUGUAUACCAGAAAACCUUAGCUUUUCUUUUAACCUUUGAACAUUAAUGGUGACAUCUUUGUGUCAUUUCUGCAUCACAUCUUCCCACUGAAGGUGUUUUCAAUUGGCAAAUGUAGUAAAAGAUCAUUUUUAGAAGUCAAAUUGUUUUUAAGUUCACCAUUUUUAACCUCAGUCUGAUAAGUUAGUCAUUUCCUACCUUUCUUUUUAUUAUGCAUCCUAAGUAGGUUGAAAGAGAAUGAUUCAUUCACAAAAUGUCACAGGUUCCAGAUAACCGGUGGGUUAAAUAUAAGUCAAAAUCCAUAAUUGUGAAGGGAAAAAAGCACUUAUGCCUUUUUUAAAGUUACUUUAGCAAAGAAACUCACCUUUACUUGAUGAUGCAUGAGGGUGGGGGUUGCUUUUUCACACUAAUAUAGGCUUGUUAGAGGCCAUCAGUAAGCUCUUGAUUAGAUUAGCACCACGCUGACAACAGUUCUUUUCUUUUUUCAUGUCAUGUAAGGUAAGGAACAAAAAUUAACUUGAGUCAUACUUAUAUAAUCAUUGCUGCUUCUGAGGUUCAAAAAUUGAUUGCUAAGCUUCAUUAGAUUUUUCUUUAUUUUAGAUCACGUGCAGUUGAAUAGAUUUGCUAUGUCUGUGUUUUUUGUUUGUUUUAAAUUUCAUAUUUUCAGUUAGUAGCAAAGACUGUAUUUGCCAACAUGGCAUUAAGAUGGUUGUCAUAGUUACCAGCAGUUCUCUUGCUGUUGGAUUUUGGAGCGAUCCUCUUCUGCAGUGCUCUCCAGCUCCUGAACAUUGGAAGGCUUCUUUGCCAUCAUAUUUGCUUUAUGUACCUUUCUUAUAUCUGGAGUUUGGUUACUUGUCUUGUUGGAAAGUUCUCCUUUAGCCUGAUUGAAGUUCGCCCUGAACUAUUUUUCAAGGACAAAGGAUCUCGACUAAUUCCAUGCUAAGACGUUUUCAUAUUUCUAGUACCAACCAGAUUUGCCAGCAGCUUGACUCUCCAGCAGAUUUUGCACCAUGCUUGUGUCUAUGGAUGCUGACCAGGGAGUCUCCACUGGGGACACUCACAUUAGCUCACCUAGCUUUUCCAGAAACUCUGUUGAACAAUUAAAAAAGUCUCUAGUCUGCACUUCUGUUGUUAGUUGAGACCAAAAGGAACUAGGCCUGUCAUCAAGGUGGAAAUCUCACCCAGAUCCUAAAAAGACAUAAAGAACAAAUUGAUGACAUAGAAGCCUUUAAUACUUUCAGUGAUGGUUAAAACUGUUGACACAUGCAUUUUAAGGGCAUAAUUCUUGUUUCAUUUGGAAAUAAAAAUAGUUAAACCAA